UUCCUUCCCUCUUUCCUUCCCUUGGGCGGCGUCUCCCGGCGCUCACAGGGCCGUGCAGAUCCCAGGGUUUCAAGGCCUCCCUAUCCUACGAGGUUCCCAGGUCUACACCAGGGAUGCGAUUUAGCGAUCAGAAGGACAGGUUGGACACAACAUCAUCCAUGGACUAAGACUGAAGGCAGGGCCCCCACCCCGUCUCCAUGAACUUGGUCAUCACCGGCGUCACCCCCGCCCUCUGCCCUGCUGCCCCAGGGUUCCUCUGCCAGCAAGAUGCUGGAUGGAAGCGUGAAGUCCGAGGCCAGGGUCUCGGAACCUAGUCCCACAUGCCAGGACCCGGUGACCAAAGACCCCCACCAGGACCUGCCGAAACCCAGCCAGCCCGCUGCAUCUGGGAGCGUGCCCUGCCUGCCCCGCCGGCGGCCCCAGCCCCAGCGCCCACACCGCUGCCCGGACUGCCCCAAGGCAUUCUCGUACCCAUCCAAGCUGGCCACGCACCGGCUAGCGCACGGCGGCACCCGCCCUCACCCGUGUCCCGACUGCCCCAAGGCCUUCUCCUACCCGUCCAAACUGGCGGCGCACCGCCUAACGCACAGCGGAGCUCGCCCGCACUCCUGCCCACACUGCCCCAAGGCCUUCGGCCACCGCUCCAAGCUGACGGCGCAUCUUUGGACACACGCGCCCUCCCGUCCCUACCCGUGCCCCGAUUGCCCCAAGUCCUUCUGCUACCCCUCCAAGCUAGCGGCCCACCGCCACACGCACCACGCCACGGACGCCCGCCCCUACCCUUGCCCGCACUGCCCCAAAGCAUUCUCGUUCCCCUCCAAACUGGCGGCCCAUCGCCUGUGUCACGAACCCCCCGCUGUGCCCAGCAGCCACACCACUGGCCACCAUCCAUGCUCGACCUGCGGCCAGGCCUUUGGCCAGAGACGCCUCUUGUUGCUUCAUCAACGCAACCACCACCAGUCCGGGGACCAGGGAGAGAGGGAAUGAUGGUCUGUCCUGCCCCCUCUGCCUCCAUCACCUGUCAAUAAA